AUGCCACGACAUCCCAGACGAUUCUCAUUUCUGGGCGAGACAGAAAUUGAUGACGACAUAUCCAACCCCGACUUACAGAUGGUGUGGCAUUCAGAGGCAGAGUUUACUCCAGUUCCUGCAAUGGAAGUAGGGUUCUCGCAGCCCAGUUUGGACUUGGAGAUGAAGGUUAAAGAACUUUUGCAAAAGACUUCAAUAAAGAUCGGAAUUUUGGUCGACAUUAAGGAGAGCCCAAGUUAUAAAAAUCCACUGAGGAAGGAACAGAACAUCGAAAUAUGCAAAGCUGCAAUGCAAGCGAGCACUGAGAAACCUGAGCGACUUACUUAUCAAUACUGCGCCGGGCGAGAAUGGUUUAGUCCUGUGGUCUUAUACGACAUUCAAUGGGUAGGUGAAUUGACUGCUGCAGUUCAAGUGUUUGGGAAGGAUCCUGUGACUGGGAAGGUGGUUACAAGGACUCCGAGAGUGACAUUUUUUAGGCCUCCCAAGCCUGCAAAAGGGAUCAAGGAAUCAGGAGCACCCAUCUACGACGCAUAUCCUAGACUCAAUACCAAAUUCUCGGACUGCGUGGACUCGGGCGAUGAGGCUUACAAUGUCGACUUAGCCCUGGAGUGGGAUGACCUCCGAUAUGACCUUUAUAUGGCAAAAUGCCUGCUGGCUCAGAGAAGGUGGUCUGCGGCGGUUUCUAAGCUAAAGAAGGACGGGAAGAUUUGA